GCCUUCAACACACUCACUCAAACAUUCCAAUUCUCCAUUGUUUUAGAAGUGUACAAGAGUUAAGGUUUAUCAAUCAAAGAUGAGUAAUAGUGAAUCAAUGAGAAGAGGUUCUUCUUCUUCUUCUUCUUCUUCUUCUUCUUCAAAGAAGAAGGUACCAUGUAGAAGGCUUGGAGGGUAUAUUAGGGAGCAAAAAGGAAGACUUUACAUAAUUAGAAGAUGUGUUGUUAUGCUUCUAUGCUGGCAUGAUUGAGUUAAUUAAUGAAGAACCUUCUUCUAUGCUUCUAUAUGCAUGCAUUCUCUAACAACAAUCAACCACUAUUGUUUCAUUAUUAUUAUUAUUAUUCCCUUUUUGGAUGUGGUGGUGAUGUGUUCCUUCAAAUCAAGGAUAAUCCAAGUCUCAAUCAAGCAUCAUAUAUAUGAGUUAAGGGCAUGGUCUAUCUUGUUCUUUAAUUUAUUAUAUAUUAUCAUCAUCACUUGUAUGUAAAUACUAGCUAGCUAGUAGAGAGAAAGAGAGAGAGAGAGAGAAAGAAAUGUUAGUUUGACACAAGUUUUCAUUUAUAUAUAUUUUAUGAUCAUGCCUCAAAUCUUUCUUUCCUACAUGCAAAAGCAUUUUAAUAGUAUUAAA